GAAAAAAUGGCGACAAGUGUUCUUGAAAGAUCGGCGAGGUGUGAAAAACAUUAGUGAUCACCUGUCAUUAUCUGGUCCACACCCCAAGGUCUUCGCGAUUUGAUAAUAUCAAUUUUUUAGCCAAAAAACACUUGGUUUUUAUACAACUAACAAAAAUGGCUUCUGUGGGAGAGCCCCUGAAUCUCAAGCGAGAUGUUCAACGUGCAAUAGAACUACUCGAAAAAUUACAGAAAAGCGGUGAAGUACCCAGUACUAAGUUAGCUGCACUGCAGAAAGUCUUACAAAGUGAUUUUCUCAAUGCUGUUAGAGAAGUUUACGAGCAUGUUUACGAAACAGUGGACACACAGGGAUCGCAGGAUGUUAGAGCUUCAGCCACUGCAAAAGCUACUGUGGCAGCAUUUGCUGCGAGUGAAGGGCACGCUCACCCUAGAGUCGUCGAGCUGCCAAAGACCGAGGAAGGUCUUGGGUUCAAUGUAAUGGGUGGAAAGGAGCAGAAUUCACCAAUUUACAUAUCAAGAAUAAUUCCGGGGGGUGUUGCUGAUAGAAAUGGGGGUCUGAAACGCGGAGAUCAACUGCUAUCUGUCAAUGGCGUGUGUGUCGAAGGAGAAAAUCAUGAAAAAGCAGUUGAGCUUCUCAAGCAGGCCAUCAACUGUGUGAAACUUGUGGUUCGUUACACGCCAAGAGUCUUGGAAGAGAUGGAAUUACGAUUCGACAAACAGAGAGCUGCACGCAGUAGACGUCAACACGUUCAAUGAAUCAAUUAUUAGAAUCUUCUCCAUUUCAUUGUUAUAUUCAGAUACAAAUACUUCCAUUCGCAUUUAAUAAGAAAUCUUAUACCACUAUUUUCAUUUUCCACACGCACCCCUUCAUAUCUAGCAUAUUAUUUGUUAUUCAUAACAUCAGUGUUGUUACCAUGACAUUAUUCGAAAAUGUAUUAGGCAUAAUUAUAACAAAGUUAGACGCAAA